AAUGACAAUACAGUCGACUCUAAUCUGAUCUAAUCUAAUGUUUAGAUGAAGGAAACAGUGGGAAGUUUCCAGGGAAUGAUACAGAUCUGACACGUUGAUAUUUUAAUAUUCAAAUGACGACAACAAAGGGACAGCCAGAGUGUCUGAAGAGGAUCAAUAAGGUGUUGAGAGCAGUCUCCGUCGGCACAGAAAGGGAGAAACAUCAGAGCAGAGGGAAGCUGUGGACAUUCACAAGAUGGUGAAGAUGCAGUGGAGUCUGUUGGUGUUGAUUGUGAUGGGUCAGUGUUCCUCCAUUGGGGGUCAGCUGUAUGACUACCACUUCAUUGGAGAGAAUAUGACCUGGAAAGAAGCCCAGGAGUAUUGCAGAAAUCACCACACUGACCUGGCCACAGUGUCUAACCAGACAGACAUGCACAGACUCCACAACCCUGCAAAGUUUCAAGGCGGAGCCUGGAUUGGGUUGCAGCGAGACUGGCGCUGGUCUCAGCCAGGGGUGGAGUUCAACGAGAGUAAAUGGUCGCAAGGAGAGCCGAAUAAUUUAAACAAUCAGGAGAACUGUGUGUGGAUGAGGAAUGACAUAUGGAAUGACGAGUCUUGUUCUAAACCCCUUAAAUUUAUCUGCUAUGACGAACACAACGCAUCUGGCGAAACAUUUUAUAUCAGUAACUCUGUGAUGACCUGGCCAGAGGCUCAGAGCUACUGCAGAAGACAAUACACUGACCUGAUCAGUGGAGUCAAACAGCUAGAAGACUUCAAGAGACAGCACCAGGAUUAUGCAACGUGCCCGAAUAAUAACAACCCGUGCCCAGAUCCUGUCUGGAUCGGCCUGUUCAGAGACUCUGACUGGAGUUGGUCAGAUGGGAACAGUUUCUCUUUCAGAUCCUGGGAUAAUGCUGAACCUAAGGAUAAAGACCCUAAGAAGCUAUGUGCUAUGACUACGUCAAAUAGAAAAUGGAGCUCUGAUGACUGUAAUAAUAAAAAACCCUUCUUCUGCUACGACGAUUCAGUGAUCCUGAUCAAGAAGAACAUGACCUGGGUGGACGCGUUAUACUACUGCAGAGAUCACUAUCGUGACCUUGUCUCCAUCACCAACCAGGGCGAGCAGCUCUGGGUCCAGGAGAGAGCCAAGAUGGCCUCCACUCCCUACGUGUGGCUGGGACUGCGCUACACCUGCACUCUGGACCUCUGGUUCUGGGUCACUGACGAGAUGGUCUGCUACAACAACUGGGGCCCCGGCCAGUCUGGGGACGACUGCAACACGUCUGGAGCCAUGGACCGAGAGGGAACGUGGGUCAAAAAAGACGACGACAACCAGUUUAAUUUCAUCUGUUCCAAGUAAAAACCAGCAGAAUGAAACUAAGUACAUUUACUCAAGUACUGUACUUCAGUAAUAAUGCUGUUGAGAUGAGGUACUUUACUUAUAC